AUGUUCAGCGCGCAUUACCUCGGCAUCAUGCGGGAUACAUGGGAUGCCUGUCGAAAAGACUUCUUUCCUAACAUUCCUUUCUCCAAGCCCGAGUCAUCUCGUCUACUCGAUGAUGACCCUUAUCAGGCUGGGUAUGGCUACGGAGCGCUCAACCAUGCGCAGCAGGCUAGCCAGCCGGAUCCGGAAUACGUGAGGCGUGAGAGGGAGGCAUUGGAAUCUAUUUGCCAACGAACUUCGGACUCGGUAAUUGAUAUCUGGUCCCUCCAACCACAACCACAUCUCCAACCUCAAGCAACCCUCCACACUCCCAUCUCUGCAUCUCCCGCUCAAUCGCAGAAAGGCGAACCAACAACCCCCGCCUCUGCAACUCGGGCUUCACCAUCAAGCCGUCCUUCCUCCGGCGCUGAUGGCAACGUCCCCAAACACUGGGGUGAAGUUGUCGUCAACCCAAACAAGAAGCGAUCUCGUCCCGACAUGAAGACAGAUAUCAACGUCAAACACGAUGUCUUUGGGGUCUUGAACGUCAACUAGGUGGCUCGGCCAUCGCUACGUAUUGACGAUGACGACGGACACGAUAAAUAACGGGCUGUGUGGUCGAUGUCAUACGAUUAAGGGUACCGGAAGACCCAUUCUUUUCUCUAUACUUUGUUUGCACUUUUUGGGGGGUUUUGUUCUUUGCAUGGAUCGCAGGCCGACUGUUUUCGCACAUACAUAGCCAUUUCUUCUUGUUCCCUCCUUUCUCUAGUCUGUUAAUACCCAGUGGCGCAGACUAUCUCCUUUGUCAGAUCUUCUUGGUUUCUCUUCUUUCUUCUUGUUGGCGUGUUUGCAGACAUUUUUGUGAUUUUCAUCUUUAGGUUUGUCGUCAUAUCAUCUUGUCGGAUAUGCACUGUUUGUUUGUAUAGUCCAUAUCCAGUGUGAUUAUCUGCUUAUCUUUUCAUAGCAUAGAACACAAUUUGAAGUACCUUCGCGGG